AUGCCUCCUCACCAUUCUCUCCCCAUCGCACUCCUUGUCUUGUUCAUAUCCACACCGCCGCGGCCUGCCGCUGCCCUCAACACAGUUGCAGACUGCGGACUGAGCCUGCUGCCUCUAGCCCCAUGCGGACCAUUUGUGCAGGGCAACGCCCCUGCACCCGUCCGCACGUGCUGCGACAGCGUCGAGAAGCUCUACAAACAAAACGUCACGUGCCUCUGCGUGUUGCUCGACAACUCCGGCCCAGAAUCGCCGUUGCCCAUCAACACCACUCUCGCUCUCCACCUGCCCCUCCUCUGCAAACUCAAUAUCAACCCUUCUACCUGCCCUGGUGUUUCCUUGCCUUCUCCGUCGCCUCCCACUCAUGUUUCCUUAGGGGCAAAGCCUAAGUCAAGACCUAGAGGGGGGAUUUCAGCUUCUCCCAUGAUCACGAGGUCGCCUAGGCCACGGUUCGGGAGCUCCGGCUAUAAUCAUAGUGCUGAGGUGAGGAUGGAGGCAGAAACUCAGUUGCUGAUGCUGCUGAUAAUGGCUGCAAUUUUGUUUACAGAAAUUGUCUAGCUUUUGCACCUAUCGAAAUAGUUGAAUUACUUCUGGGUAGUUUUUACUAAACCUCACACAUUUCUGUGAUAUUAUCAUUUUGUUUAUUUGCUUUUAAUGCCUAGAUUAUUACCUGUGAUUAAGCAGAGAGUUUAGUACAAGUGUAUUUAAUAUUCCUGUAAGAAUAUGAAAGGGAAUGCAUACAACACCAGGGGCUACAUACCUCCCAGAUACAUAUGUUUCUUUCCUGUGUCUGUUGUUACAACUUUUAGGAUCAAAUAUUUAUCCACUACUCCAAACUAGGUGCUUGUUCCGUUGGAUUCGACUCGAAUACGUCUGAGUUUGCUGCAUCUGGUUCAUCAAGAAGGUCUCUAGAUUGAACCGACUCCUUGUAUACAGGAGUGUCCUUGAAAUCUGUCGCCCCUUCGUUGUAUGUAGCCACAGCAACGCCACAAGCGACUAAC